AUGAGGGCAAAGCGCUCCAAGAAAUAUCGUAAGCUCAUGCACCAGUAUGAGCUUACCUUUGGCUUCCGCGAGCCGUACCAAGUCUUAGUGGAUUCCAAUUUCCUGCAUGCAGUGCAUUCUUUUAAAAUGGACUUGAUUCCAGCGCUUGAGCGCACACUCCAGGGAAAGGUCAAGCCACUGUUAACAAAAUGCUCCCUGGAGGCAAUGAUGACCUCUCAACCUCUGAACCCUAGAACUAACAAUCCCAUCCGCCCGGAGCAUCUUCCCCCUCCCACGAUAUUGCCUCUGCGUCAUUGUUCGCAUAACGAAGACUCGACGCCCAUCGACGAGACAGCCUGUCUGCUGUCGUUGCUUUCGCCGAGCACCGACGUAAAACGGAACAAAGAGCACUAUAUCCUUGCUACGGCGGAUCCACCCGGUGCAGAGAAAGCUGCGAAUUCCAGUGCAAAUACGAACAGCAGUGCCGGAAAGAAGAGGAAACGCGGCGUUGAUGAGGGCGAAGUGGCGCUGCAACAGUCAAGAUCGUUGCGGAGAGCGGCGCGGGCCAUCCCCGGUGUCCCGAUUAUCUAUGUAAAGCGGUCAGUAAUGGUUCUGGAGCCGAUGAGUAUGCCGUCUGAGGAUAUUCGCGAUGACGUUGAGAAGGGGAAGUUCCGGGUUGGUCUGAACGAUGAGGCAUUGAAGAAGAAGCGGGAUGCUACGGGGGAUGCGAAUAAGAAAAAGAAGCCUUUAAAGAAGGCCAAGGGACCCAACCCGUUGAGUGUGAAGAAGCCCAAGAAGAGGGUUGCGGAGAAAGCUGGUCCCACGAAACAGGAAAAGUUGUCGAAACAACCCCCGAAUGACGGCGGCGACGAGGGCCAGGAGAGGCCUGAAGGUGGUGAUUCCGCGGCCCCGAAGCCGAAGAGGAGACGUCGUCAUAAUAAAGGUGCAAAGAAAGAUGGUGAUGAUGGCGACCACGCACCGUCGACCGGGGCAGAGGGUGCUGCUUCGGCGGAUAUGAAUUGA